AUGGCGUAUACGGACGAUGCCGUCAAGGCAAAGCUCUCAGCAUUGAAUGAGACACAAGAAUCGAUCGUCACGGUUGCCCAAUGGGUCAUGUUCCAUAGACUAAGGCUCGGCUUCCCAGAGGUUGCACAACAGUCGAAAGCGCGACGCAAAGAGGAUUUCCUAAUCGCGUUCUCUCCGAUAAUUGCUGAUGCGACAGCUACUGCUUUCCGAGGCGCUCCAAGCGAAAUUCAGCAAAAGUUGCGACGUGUGGUUGAAGUCUGGAGACAAAGGAGAAUAUUUGAGACGCCAAUACAAGAUGCCAUCGAAGCACGAGUCGAAGACGUGGAUAAGUCAAGGAAUUCCGGAAAGAAGCAACUGCUAGGCGGCUCGCUAUUCUCCAGCUCAUCGGGGUCCGUCCCGACCGAAUUACAGCCGCUAGCGCCACUGCAGGUUGCAGUUUCCAAGAGUGCGGUGUCGUCGAAUACCGCGGUCACUACCGCCAAUGCGGAAUACGACAAAAUGAAUGACCCUACUGCCACAGUCCCGACGCCGCCGGUGCAUGCCGCUCGGUUGAGCCAACUUCUAAAAUCGUUGGCUAGUGCUGAGAGCUCGGUGUCAGAAAUAAUCAAAUCACGGCAAAAUUUGAUUGAAGGCCUUGAGAAGCUUCUUGACACAAAUCGCGCGGCGUUGACAACUGAAAAGGCUCAAUUUGAGAAAAUAUCUGCGCGGAAAACUGAGACAGAAAAUAAAAAGCGUGAAGUGGAAGAUGCAAUCAUGCGCGGCCUCGCAGCAGAGACUCCCCAAGGUAAUGGUGAUGGCACAUGGAUGGGUCCAGGUCACGGCACUGGAGCAAAUGAACCGGAAGCCCCUGCAGUUGAAGAGCUGACACCACCACCGGUGGAGGCGCUCACGCCUGUUGGCUCUCCGCUGUUGAACCCUGUUGCUGAAACACAACAGGAACAGUACGAAUCUACUGAAGCUCUCCCAGUCCAAGUCCCAACUCGAGAUCCGAGACAGUUACCUGUCAUGGACCUACCGGUCGUCACUAGCAACUCUUCUACGGGACAUGACCCUUUCACGAGCGGAUCCGGCUCCAAAAAGCGCAAGGUCACUCACAGCGGUGAUGAUUUUGCAGCGACUUUUGAAGGCGCGGAUGCCAUGGCAGACUUGGAUGCUGAUGUGGCAGAAUUACUGAGGCAAGAGAGCGACAAGUAUUGA